AUGGCAAAAGAAGAAUCACCAAUUUUUCAAGAUAUAUCUUUCAAUUCAACCGCAAUAAAAUUAGAGAAUAAUGAAAACAGUCUUCUAUCAAUAGAUAUUACUGAUAUUGAUAUUCCAAGUGAUCUAAAUCAUAUUUUUCCUUCAUUUGAUCUAUUUUCCGAAGAAAAAGAAACAAUAUCUUUUGAUGAAUUAUUAUCAAGUUCUAGUUUUGAUAUUCCACCGAGUAUGUCUGAUUUAUCAUCAAUUUAUACCGAUACAAAAUCACAGCAAUAUAUUGUUCAAGUCAAAUCUCCACCAAUGGAUUUUAAAUGUCAAUCUGAUAUUUCACUUUCAUUUAUUAAUCCACCUGAACCAUACUAUCAUGUACGUUAUCUAAGUGAAAUUACAAAUACACCGCUCAAUGGAAAUUUUGUGAAUACAAGAAUAAAAACAAAGAAAAAUGUUUCAGGACGAUAUCUUAAAGGAAUGCAUGGUCGAUAUGUUACUGUUGCGCUUCCAUCAAUUUUCUCCGACAAUUCUAAUCUUUUCAUACGUGUUACUCGUCUUACUCUUCCUUAUCAAGAUAUAUCAUUUAUUCAUCCAUAUCCACUUCUUUAUUCAUAUCCAAAGAAAAAUAAUCAUCCUACUGAUGUUAUUAUUCAAGACUCAUCAAUCUAUUUCAAAAUAAACAAAGAGGAAGUUUGUUCUCGUUCAAAACGAUUUCCUCAUCUUAUUCUCACUCGCCUUAAGCAAUGUCAACUUAAACAGAUGAACAAUAUCAAUUCAUUCGACAAUAAUGAAAGAUCUUAUGCAUUUAUUGGAAAUAAUGCCAAGAAUAAAAUUGCCAUUUAUCAAUUAAAAAAAUCUCAACUUGAUUUUCGUCUAGUUAUUAGAUCUGAACAAACAGGAGAAUUUUUUAAUACAAAUAUUUUUUGUCGAUCAAAUGCAUUACUUGAAGAAGAAGGAAUUGAAUGGAAAAAAUCAUCAAUAUAA